AUGCCGGAUAAACAUAAAAUUAAGUUGUUUAGUCACUUCAAACAACCUUCGGUUGAUGAAGAAUUGACUCCUUCAACUUCAAAUCAAUCCCAAUCCCAUUCUGUUGCUAAUCAGGGCCGCAAGUUUCUUGGGUUCCACAUUGGAAAACACGAUUCGCAAGAUUCUUUAACUUCACCCACCUUGACCAACUCUGGUGAUCAUCACCAUGGUCACCAUGGUCACCAUCACCAUGGCCAAGCGGGCCAGCAUCAUCAACAUAACAUUCUGGGGAAUAGUAGUCAUUCUUCAAAUCCUGAUAGUAGACCCGACACUCCUCCGAAUAGUAAUAUUUCGCCUCUGCAACAAAUUCCAAUUCAAUCGCCUCAACCUAAUGUCCAUGUUCCGUUAAAUAAAGAGGAUUCAAAUCAUACAUUUAUGAAGUCAAAUUCUAUGAUUGAAUUAAAACGAUUGUUCAAACCAACCAAAAAGAAUUCUAAUCCAAGGAAAAAUGAACAUCCUUCAUAUACUAGUAAUAUCCAUUCUCCUCCAGCAAUUGCAUCACCUUCUGCCGGUGUUUCUUAUAAUACUGCAAGCGCUCAGCAUAGCAGAGAACCAUCGUCAACUUCUUUAGCCACUUUAAUCAAUCAGACAUCUUCUCAAUUACUAAAUAGAGCUUCUCAUGGUAAUGGUGGUAUACUUCAUGGUAAAUCUCAUAAUGCUGCUCCUUUCACCGAUGAUGAUUCUCCUUUAGUUAAAAAAUAUGGUAAAGUUGGUAAAGAAUUGGGUAGUGGUGCAGGAGGUUCAGUCAAACUAAUUAUACGUCCUUCAGAUUCAAAAACUUUUGCAGUUAAAGAAUUUAGACCAAGAAGAAAUACUGAAUCUUUAAAAGAUUAUACUAGAAAAUGCACUGCAGAAUAUUGUAUUGGUUCAACUUUAAAACAUCCAAAUAUUAUCAAGACUAUUGAUAUAAUUCAUGAAAAUAAUCGAUAUUUCGAAAUUAUGGAGUAUGCUCCAAUUGAUUUUUUCGCAGUUGUUAUGAGUGGUGAAAUGUCAAGACAAGAAAUUAACUGUUGUUUAAAACAAAUUUUAGAAGGUGUUGGUUAUUUACAUAGUCUCGGUUUAGCACAUCGUGAUUUAAAAUUAGAUAAUUGUGUUUUAACAACUAAUGGUAUUUUAAAAAUUAUUGAUUUUGGUAGUGCAGUUAUUUUUAAAUAUCCUUAUGAUCAAUUUGGUAAUUCCAAAGAUAGUAUACAUCAUUGCCACGGGAUUGUUGGUUCUGAUCCUUACUUAGCUCCAGAAGUUUUGAAAAAUUCUCAUUCUUAUAAUCCUCAACCAGUUGAUUUAUGGUCAAUUGCAAUCAUUUAUUGUUGUAUGACUUUGAAAAGAUUUCCUUGGAAAAUUCCAAAUCCUGAAAAAGAUAAUAGUUUUAAAUUAUAUGCAAUGGAAGAUGAUAAUUGGCAUGAUUAUCCUUUAAGUAAUGAAUGUCAUAAAUUAUUAUUACAACAAAGAAAAUUGAAAAAUAUGAUUGUUAGACUGAAUAAAAAGAAGAAGGCUCUUGCUGAACAACAAGCUCAAUUAGAUCGAGAAAUGGUCGAUUCAAAUCAUGAAACUGAUGAUCAUGAUAUGGAAAUUACUAAUGAAAAUGAAAAUCCAAAUGAAGUAGAAGGUGAAUCCCUAGCUCAAAAUGAUCAAAUUAAUGAAGAUAAAGAUGACAAAAUGAAUACUGAUGAACAACAAACUACCAAGAAAGAUGAUAAAUUGGUUCAAUUACAAAAUGUUGAUAUCUUAUCAGAAGAUCAAUUACAAAGUAUUCUCAAUGGAUUAAAAGAGAUUGAUCAAAAAUUAGAAGAUUAUGAAAAAAGAAAGACUGAAAUGAAAAAUAAAUUUAAUGAAUCAAGAAAAAUUAAUCAAGAAGUUACUGAACAACAAGAAACUAAAGAUGAACCAAAUCAAGAUGCAAAAGAAGAUUCCGGCAAAAAGAAACAAUCUCAUCAUAAACAAAUACAUGGUCCUUAUAGAUUAAUGAGAUUAUUACCCCAUGCAUCAAGACCAAUAAUUUCUCGUAUGUUACAAGUUGAUCCAAAAAAGAGAGCCUCUUUAGAAGAAAUCUUACAAGAUGAGUGGAUUAGAGAUAUUCAAUGCUGCACCUUGAAGAAAGUUCCUCGUAGUUCUGAUAAUAUUGGUGCUAAUUUCGAAGAAGAUGAAGAUGAUAUUCUCGUCAAGGGUAAUCCACCUCACGAUCAUACUUUAGUACUCGAUAAUCAA